CUUUACUGUCUAUACUUUGUAGCUAGCAUCUUUUUGCCUUACUUUCUUCUUCCAUCUCUAAACAGUCCACUUCUUUCAAUCUUUAUCUCCACUUUUCGUUGUUUUUUGGAAUUCCAAUCAGCCCUUUUGGUGAUUUGAUUCGGUUUCGCUGUUACUUAGCUGAACGAGCGUGGGAUUUGGUGUUUAGUACUACUGGUUAAACAUGGCUCAACGAAGGGGUUCGGAUCAACAACCGGGUAAUAGUGAGGUGAUUAUUCCUCCUUCACUUGAUGAAAUUGCUCCAAUUCUUUGUGUUGCUGACGAAGUCGAGGCAAGUAACCCGAGGAUUGCUUAUCUAUGUCGAUUUUACGCAUUCGAAAAGGCUCACGGGUUAGAUCCCAGAUCAAUCGAACGUGGAGUUCGGCAAUUUAAAACUGCACUUCUUCAGCGUUUAGAGCGGGAAAAUGAAACAACACUAGCUGAAAGGCAAAAGAGUGAUGCGUGUGAAAUGAAGAACUUUUAUCGACAUUACUACACAAAAUAUAUAAAAGCCUUGAAUGAGGCUGACAAAGCUGAUCGUGCCCAACAGCCAGAAGUUUAUAAAACUGCCGCAAUCCUUUUUGAAGUUUUGAAGGCUAUGAAUCAAACAGAGGCUAUAGAUGUAGCUGAUGAGAUUUUGGAAGCUCGCAACAUGGUUGAGGAGAAACAGCAGAUGUAUCGACCAUUUAACAUACUUCCUCUUGAUUCUAACAGUCAAAAUAAGAUAAACACGAAAAUUCCGGAGAAAAUUUUAGGUGAGAGAGAAGAGUAGUCGAGCAACCAACGUCAGGUGGGGGAGACACGCGACAACCUGGCGAUAAGAGAACAGAUGCUAGGUGAUCUACAUUGUGCUAGGAGUAAAAAAUUGGUUGGCACAAAUGUCAGAAAAUGGAGCCAAUGAUGCUCAGAGGCUCAACCCGCAUCUUGAUGUUUUCACUUAUAUUUUUUUUAUGUUGUAUUUGUAAUUUGAACCUCAUGGCCGAUAGGCCUAAAGUUUUAUUUAUGAAUACAAUUUCCUACUAUUUUCAUUUUCCCAUUUCGAGGUUGCUCGCCUUAAUAUAUAAUGAGUUAUAUAAUGCAACAUCAAAUAGAUCAAAUCUAAA